GGUCUGUACGGUCUGGUCGCAGCCAAGACCUACCUACAAGUAUCAGGGGCCUACGAUGCGUCCAGUGAGAAGAAAGACCCCGCUUCCAAUCCGGAAGUACCACCUGCCUUCACUUCCUCUUGUUCUUCAUCUGGGUCCAGUACAUCCAAUGUCACAGUCGACACCAAACCAACCGUCUUGAUCAUCGACGCAGCGAAGUCCCUCGGUGGCACGUGGGCCAAAGAGCGCCUCUAUCCUAACCUGCUUAGUCAGAAUUCUUACGGUCUGUACGAGUACAGUGAUUUGCCUUUGGAGGAUGCGCUCCGGAACGGUGAAAAUCCCGAGGAAGAAGACCCAGCCGGGCAGUUUAUUCCUGGAUGGAAAAUUCAUCGGUAUCUUCAAGUUUGGUGCAAGAAGUGGAGGUUGUUGGGGAGGAUGAGGUUCGGGUGGAGGGUCGUGAGCAUUCGUCGGCUUCCCACCGGGGAAUGGGAAGUCAGGGUUAUUAUCUCUGAUGAGGGUUGCCAGGACCGCUCCACCACGCUCAUCUGUGAUAAGUUGAUUCUGGCAACGGGAUUGACAUCUGAGCCGAAUGUCCCAAAUAUCCCAGACGAGACAGAAGUAGGAGAGAAAGAAUGCCUGCCUAGGAUCCACGCCAAAGAAGUCGGUCAGUACUGUCGCGACAACCUGGGCUAUCGUCCUAUUCCGCGCGCGAAGAAGAAAAAGAAGGAUAGCGAUGAAAUACGCUUUCUUUAUGAACAGACGCUACGUACGGUUGUCGUGCAAGGCGGAGCGAAGUCCUCUUUUGACUUUGUCCAUCUGUUUGCAUCUCUGCACCGCGACAUGCCGUCGCAUUCGUUGGACAGUAAACAUCCUGAAAAGGUGCAGGUUCACUGGGUGAUUCGCGAGAAGAAUGCAGGCCUGGCGUGGAUGGCGCCUCCGGAGUCGAAGCUCCCCAAUGGGCGGUUCGCACCCAGCGACAAGGCGGCUAGUACGAGGCUGGUGGGAAUGUUGACGCCGUGUGUGUAUAAUACCCCUAAGCGGAUCGCCCUCUCACCACCGAGUGGGAAUGAUGCUUGGGGAUGGCGGCCUCUUGUUGAAGGGACCUGGUGGUGUAGGCUUUUCCACGGUAACCCUGUUGGUCGGUUUGCAGUCCGCCGGUUGUGGAUGUCUAUCGAUCGAGAUAUUAAGAUGUCGGCGGGGUAUGAUUCGGAUCCCAAGAUGGAGAAGCUGCGUCCGGGAAGUAGCGUCAUCGACUGCGCCGCAUCGGGCGGCAUCGCAAACCACCCGAACUUCUGGGAGACACUCCGCGGCGCGAACGUGCAUGUGCACCGGGCCGACAUCACGGCUUUCACCGGAUCAACAUACAGCCCCACCGUUCAUCUAGACAAUGGCGAAGUAAUCCCCUACGCGGAUCUCAUUGUGCACGCGACCGGAUGGAAACCCGUAGCGUCUAUCCCGUUUGAGCCAGCUUCGCUCGCGUAUACCCUUGGUCUGGCUUGUUCCAUGGACUCGCUAGCGCAGCAGCCGUGCGAGGGGAUAUCGCGGUCGCUGUCUGGAUGGGACGAGCUGGAUUCGAGGACAGAGUCGAAGAUGAGAUGUGUCUUUGAUGCCAGCACAUUCCGGUCUCUGCGGGGGGGUUCCGGGAGCACGCCCUACCGACUGUUCCGGAGGAUGGUGGCCCCGUCGCUCGCGGCGCAGGGUGACCGCUCGUUUGUUGUCCUUGGUGUCGUGCUGAGUAGUACUGUCGCUGUUGUUGCGGAGGUGCAGGCUCUCUGGGCAGCGGCGUUUCUAACGGGCGGCCUAGAUGGACAGGGUCAUUCCUGUGGGGGGCUGCCGUCACCAUUGCGGAUCAACGAGGAUAUGGAAGAUAGCUUAAGGGAUGCAGUCUCGGAGGAUGUUGUCUGGGGAAGUCUGACAGGUAGCGGCUUAGAUGUCGAUGCCAUCCAUUAUAACGACGUCCUGUUGCGGGACCUUGGGCUCAAUCCUUACCGGCUGGGCGGGGGCUGCUUGAAGGAGCUGAUGGGAACUUAUGGCCCGGCGGCGUACGCUGGGAUUGUGGACGAGUGGAUG